AUGUCAAGAGCCGUUCACGACCAGUUCAUCGAUGAUGACGAGGAGGAAACUUGUCCGCUGUGUGUCGAGGAGUUUGAUCUCACAGAUCAAGGCUUCCGACCGUGUCCAUGUGGCUAUCAGAUCUGCCAAUUCUGCUAUCACAAUGUGAAGACCAACAUGAACGGCCUGUGUCCGGCAUGCCGGCGGCCGUACAGCGACGAAAACAUCGAAUACAAACUCAUCACCCCAGAGGAGACUGCGGCACACAAAGCUCGCCAGGCGCAAAAGCAAAAGAAGACCCAGGCUGCCCUCCAAAAGGAAAAGCAAAAGGCCGAAGCCGACAAUCUCAGUCGCAAGCAUCUAGCUGGAAUGCGUGUCGUACAAAAGAACUUGGUUUAUGUGACCGGUUUGAGCCCGAACUCGCAGGAAGACCAGCUGCUGCAGACGCUGCGUGGCGAACAAUACUUUGGACAAUAUGGCAAGAUCAUCAAAAUUGUCGUCAGCAAGGCCAAGGAUAUGUCACAUCCGCACUCUAUCGGCGUGUACGUAACGUACGAGCGGAAAGAGGAUGCCGCGUCUUGCAUAGCGGCGGUGGACGGUUCGAAGAACGGCGAGCGGACUCUGCGUGCGCAACAUGGCACCACGAAAUACUGCUCGGCGUAUCUACGCGGCGAGACUUGCACGAAUCGAAACUGCAUGUUUCUCCACGAGCCUGGCGAGGCGAACGAGAGUUAUUCCCGCGCCGACCUUUCAGCUCUAAACGCCGGCCAACAUGGAUCAGGACGACCGCCGCCUCCGCAAUCACAACAACCAGUCGCUGCACAGCCAAUGAUACGACAGGGCAGCGGAGAUCAAUCACAAAGUCCCACCUUGGAACGUCCAGCGUUGCCAUCAACCGCAAGUUGGGCUUCAAAACCUCCGCAAGUGGGACGUGCGGAAAGUCUGUCUACGAACACCCCUCAACAGAGUCCAGCGCCAGUUCGAUCGAUUCCUGCACCCGUGGCCCAAGAGCCCGAACCUGAGCCCGAGCCUGAGCCCGAGCCAGUGUCAUUACCGGAACAGUCCCCCCCUCCCAGGGCCCAACUAAUUUCACCUUUGGCGUCACUUCUCAAGAACUUCAAGCUACAGGACUUCACUUUCGUCUGGUCCGCGGAUGCUCUAUCUCAAGCUGAUCGAGACGCAAUCAAUGAAUACCCACCGCUGUUUGACCGCAAUGGAGGUGCCAGACGCCGGCAUCGACGUGAGCGUGAGGAUGAGCAGCGUCGUAUGGAGCUUGAGGCACAGGCUUAUCAGCAGCCUUCCGCCAUCGAGCCGGAGGACAAUCCAGAGAUGAGUGGAAGCUUGCAGUUAGGCGGGGAGCCGGAGGAUCGUCCACUGGGGGGUCAUGUGCACAGCGCCAUCCAUCCCCCUGGGCAAGACGCGGGGCUCGAUCAACGCUUUUCGUUUGGAGGACGAGCUUCGAGCCCGGCACUCGGCAGUGAGCGUGGUCUCACCCCUCUGCAGCACCAACAGCUACUUCUGCAAAGCCUCAAACCCAGCACCCCAGCCGCGUACUCCAAUAUCCAGACAUCGGCCGUGCCUUCGGUUUUUCCUCAGCAAAGCAAUGCUCCGGCAGGACAUGCUCGUGGUCAGUCUAGGUACUCUUUCGCCAAUGAUACGGCCACCGCGUCGGCAGCUGUCAAGCCAGUCGCAAACUCGAAACUCAUGAACCAACAAACUUCGAUGAUGCCUCAGACGGGCGGCAAUCACUUCGGCGGGCAGCAUCAACAGCCAUACGGCCAAUUUCACACCAGCAAUGUUCAGGGACCUCCUCCUGGUCUCAAAACGACCGGCACGCCGCCGGUCACGGGCAACCUAACUUUCGCGCAGGGUCAUGGCUUUGCAACAGGAGGAUUGCAGUACAGCGCAGGUGCAGGGCGUCACGGUCAGCAUGAAAGCUACCUUCGAGAGUUUGCUCGUGGUACCCGCGAUGGGUCGAGCGGCGGUGCGGAUGCAAAGCACAACGCAGAAUAUCCUUCGCUUGUGUCAACAACAGGUCAGCAGACCUUUGCUACGCGCGCUGUGCACGAUGAAUCCCGACAGUCGACGCCCCCGAUUCCGCCUGGCUUCGAAGGCCACGAGAGCAGGCGGGGCACACCAAUCAUCCCUCCCGGCUUGUCACGACCAAGCGCUCUGCCUGACCUUGGAGACAACUCGUCGCGUCCAGGGUCUCGCCCGUCUAGCAGAGCGAGUGUCAGGCGAACAGUAUCACAAAUACUGCCCGUCUUACCCCUACGACCCGCAACGCCAGGAACACGGCGAGCAACACCGUCGAGACAAGGAUCCAAGGACGAUUACGAUAGAGCGCAUCCGGAGGAGACGCCAACUAAGCCUUCGCGGAUGACGACUUCGUCUGACCUCAAAAUUGCUAUGUCGUCCCAGGAUGCAGUCCCGAGUGUGGGCGAGGGCGCGGCCAACGAUGACCGUGAGGACCAGAGUGCUAGUGUGGUUAAAGCAUCUGCUGACGCUGGGAAGCAUGAUGCUGAGGCCUCCACCAAGCAGGCUGCUCCGUCGGAAACUGCUGGGGGCGAUACCCCUGUCUCUUCUCCCCAGAUCGCCAAAUCGACGCCUGCUGCCACUCCAGCCAAUGUCAAGGCCACUGUGCACGCCAAGAACACCGACAACAUACCAGGUACGAGCACGAACGAGACUCCAAAGCGCAAACACCCUGGCAAGAUCGAAAUCCCUGCACCUGCUAGCAGGAAGGAGCACGUUGGCYCGGUCACUGCCACGCCCGUGGAUGCUGGAACACCUGGACGACCGGCUAGAGCGCUGUCACAAGCCGCAACAACAUCCAAAUUGUCCGAAAGCCCAAUCCCAUCUCCUGCCGUCAAGGCGCCUCGGACAAUCCGCUUGACGAACACCCCGAAAGCUGAAGUGCCUCCGUCAAACGCAGCUCCGGUUGUCACAUUGCCCAACGCAGCGGCACAUCGUUUCCCGUCCCGGCAGCCAAGCGUGUCUUCCAUCAAYCAUCCGGGUACACCCUCUAGCGAGCAUGUUUCCGUGUCGGACAACAUUUCUGUCACCUCGACAUCGCAAUCGCGCGCAAAUUCUCCACCGCCUGCUAGCAGGGUCGGCUCUGCUCCCGUGAGGGAUAAAACGAAGAGUCAGCAGAAAAAGGAACGUCAAAUCCGCGCGAAACAGCUCGAAGAGGCCGAAUUGGCCAAGGCGAAGGCCGCGGAAGCUAGUAGGCUCGCACGGGAGACUGAGCAGGAAGCCGUGGUCAGCCGAAUGAAGAAGAGCAAGAAAGACAAGGCUUCUAAAGCAGCCAAAGCCACGAAGUCUGUCAAUCCAACCACGAACAAUAGCCCGGCCGUGAGUCGCCCUCCAUCGCCAGAGCGGAAGUCAGCCACGCCUGAAGUCGCGGCUAAGGUUGAUAUACCUCCGCCAGUUGUCAAGGAAGAACCAAAGCUCGCGACAUCAACGAGACCAACGCCUGCUCCUCAGGCGCCUGUACAGCUAUUGCAGUCUCCCCACGAGCUGUCGCCGCCGCCAACCCCGACGCUCACGCCAGCACAAGUGAUAUCCGAGCUCAGGCAGGCUGCGCCAGAGUUUCAAAAGUGCCUGGAGGCUCUAUUCAAGGUCCAGAAUAGCCACCAUUUCAAGACCCCUAUGACGUUCAGUCCGAAGGAGCUUGCGUCUUUUGGGGGUAGCUGGAAGCCAGACUUCAAAUUGAACCUCACCAAAGAUGAUGUCGAUGCUCUGCUGCAAGGCAAAGUCCCAGCUAUUCACUACGGAGGAGAAGACAACCGUAUCUUUGAUCGUGGCAUGGUCAGUCCAUCAGGCGCCCACCUUCGCGCCCUGACCAAGGAGCUGGAGUGCCGCUUCUUGGAGCUUGAAAGGGCUCUUAAGGAGACGCCCGAAGAGCUCCGCUUCCGUCCGACCAAGCCGCAGAACGAUACGAAGCUUCCGAUGAUUGAUCUCGAAGCUCUCAAGCAGCAGUUUGAGAACUCUGGUCGUGGACCUAGUGUCAUGGAGCAGAUGGUGCAGGACGGGUCCACAAUGAAGAAGGGCGCGUUUUUGGUUGAUGAAGCGAGCAAGUACAUCAACGAAUUUGUGAUGCCGCCUGCAACGCCUCCGCCUUCCGCUGGUACUAGGGCCCAACAACAGCAGUCAGGAGGCCUGUAUCAUGGAUCGACGACGGAGAAGAGUGUGCCUGGAGUGGAGAUCACCGAAAGGUUAUUGAGUGAGGCCAAGAGACAGGCAGAUGAGAGGGAGAGCGCGUUCAGAAAAGUCAUCAAGAAGAACAAGAAAGCUGUCGGUUUCUAG